UUCUGAAAGUUAAGCAACAUGCAGUCGCGGUUAAGGGCCACUCGCGUAGCCGGUGCUCGCCGCGCAGUUGCACCAGCGAGCCGUCGGCUUACAGUGAAUGUGAUUAACGCGAACGUACUAAUUGCUAACACUAAGGGCGGUGGUCAUGCUUUCAUCGGCCUCUAUCUCGCUAAGGAGCUUUUAAGGAAAGGCCAUCAAGUCACCAUUAUGAACGAUGGCGAUGAGGCCAAGCUUACCAAGAAAGCUCCCUUCAGCAAGUACGCAGAGCUUGCUCACGAGGGCGCAACCAUCGCAUGGGGCGACCCUACCAACCCCAGCACCUAUCCUCGCGGCAACUUCGAUGUCGUGUACGACAACAAUGGCAAGGACCUUGCGAGCUGCCAGCCCCUGAUCGACCACUUCAAGCACCGCGACCUGUCCCACUACGUCUUCGUCUCCUCCGCCGGCGCCUACUCCCCCCACCCGCUGCACCCGGAGCACACAGAGACCGACACCCGCAAGCCCUCCGCCGGCCACACGGCGGUGGAGGCCGCACUCGCCGCCGCCCGCCUGCCGUACACCGUCUUCCAGCCGCUGUAUGUGUACGGCCCGUACGGCGCCAAGGACUGCGAGCAGUGGUUCAUUGACCGCAUCAUCCGCGACCGGCCGGUUCCCCUGCCCUCCCCGGGCACCCAGCUCACCAGCCUCACCCACGUGGCGGACCUGGCGGCGCUGCUGGCGGCGGUACCGGGCAACAGGCGCGCGGUGGGGCAGAGCCACAAUGCAUGCUCCGACCGCUGCAUCACCUUCGCAGGCAUCUGCCGGGCGGUUGGCCGGGCGCUGGGCAAGCAGGCGGACAUUGUCUUGUACGAGCCUGAGCAGCUGGGGCUGGGCAAGGGGGGCAAGGCGGAGGGCUUCCCCUUCAGGACGGGCCACUUCUUCGCCUCCUGUGACAAGGCCAAGCGGGAUCUGGGCUGGCGGCCGCAGCACUCCUUCCUGGCGGACGUGGAGCAGCGGGUGGAGGAGUAUGUGGCGCAGGGUCGUGCCAGCCGGGAAGUGGACUUCUCCAUUGAUGACAAAAUCCUCGCAGCGCUGGGCCGGAGCACGGCCGCAGCCCCCACCACUGCACAUAGUCCCGCCAGCUCCCCUCUCAGCAACAGCAGCAGCAACAGCAACGGCAGCUCUGAUGCUUCCCGCUUCACCCGCGUCUCCAGCCCCGCCUCCUCCGCCUCCUCCGCCUCCUCGGUUCCCCGCCGCCCCUCCCACAGCCCGCGUCGCGACCUGCGCAUCCACCGCACCCCCCUGCCGCCCAACUGGCGCGAGCAGCUGCAGGGAGGGGAGGGCGGGCAGGGGCAGCAGCAGGCAGCAGCUGCGGGUGCGGGGCGCCGUAGCGCCACCCCUGGAGACUGGCGCAAGGGGCUGUGAGAGGGCGGGGAGGGUGGGGAGCUGCAGUGCUGCCAGCGGUUCCUGGGGCCUAGCAGGAUACCGGCCAGCAGUGUGACCCGCCCGCAUGGGAGGUAGGGAGGAAACAACUGACCUGCAGGGAAGGGUUGCUGGUGGG